AUGCCACCGUCGCCCAGGGAAUACCCGCCGCCGACCGAAAACGAAUUGAAGACAAAGAAGUACGAUUUUGAAGACAAAGAAGAGGUGGAUGAAUCGAUGUUCCGCGAUGAAGACGAGGACAGCGGGGAUGAUGAAUUCUACGAGGAGUAUAGGAGAGUUGAGAUGGCCAAAAUGUUCCUUAAACAACUCCGGGAUAGCAGGGGUUAUGAUGUGGAAUGCUAUCCGCCUCUGUGUUUGGACUCUCCUUUCGCACCUCGACCCUUUAGCAUCGACGAGGAGCUUCAUGAGGAAGCAAAGGAACAAUCAAAAUCCGCUGUGGCUAAAAUCAAUGAUGAAAUGGCGGUUGCGGAAAAUUCCGAUAAUAGUGAUGCUGCUGCUCCCGCUCCCAUGAGAACUUUCCAAGCCAUGGUAUAUAAGCCGUUGCACGGCGAUCUUGAACUCGUGGAAUGGAGGUUUAAACCCGUUCCUGUUUCUUCUACUGGUGCUUAA